AUGGCGUCGGAGGGGAUGAUUUUAACGAACCACGACCACCAAAUCCGCGUCGGGGUCCUCACAGUGAGUGACAGUUGCUUCAGGAACCUUGCCGAGGAUCGUAGUGGGAUAAACCUUAAAGAUCUGGUCCAAGACCCUUCUUUGUUGGGUGGGACUAUAUCUGCAUACAAGAUAGUGCCAGAUGAAAUAGAAGAAAUCAAGGAGACGCUGAUAGAUUGGUGUGAUGAAAAGGAACUUAAUUUGAUUUUAACAACUGGAGGAACAGGGUUUGCACCACGAGAUGUCACUCCAGAGAAAUUCCCAACAUUCCCAUUAUGUGGGCUCCAGAGAGGGGCCACUAAAGAAGUAAUAGAGCGAGAAGCCCCAGGGAUGGCCCUGGCAAUGCUGAUGGGAUCACUUAAUGUUACUCCUCUGGGCAUGCUCUCUAGACCUGUGUGUGGAAUCAGAGGGAAAACUCUCAUAAUUAAUCUGCCAGGUAGCAAGAAAGGGUCACAGGAAUGCUUUCAGUUUAUACUGCCAGCCCUACCUCACGCCAUUGAUCUUUUGCGGGAUGCCAUUGUAAAAGUAAAGGAGGUACACGAUGAGCUUGAAGAUCUACCUUCACCACCACCUCCUCUUUCUCCUCCUCCAACCACCAGCCCUCACAAGCAGACAGAAGACAAAGGAGUACAGUGUGAGGAAGAGGAGGAAGAGAAGAAGGAUAGUGGAGUUGCCUCAACAGAGGACAGUUCUUCUUCACAUAUAACAGCAGCAGCCAUUGCAGCUAAGAUUCCAGAUUCCAUUAUCUCUCGUGGUGUUCAGGUGCUCCCACGUGAUACAGCCUCCCUCAGUACUACUCCUUCAGAAUCUCCUCGUGCCCAGGCCACCUCUCGUCUCUCCACUGCAUCCUGCCCAACACCAAAACAAAUUAGACGGCCGGAUGAAAGCAAAGGAGUUGCUAGUAGAGUUGGAUCCCUCAAACUCCACUAUAGGUUGGAAGGGCUUAAAGAUGAACUGAGGAGGAAUAGAGGCUACAACUCGAGAGUCCAGUCUAGGUGCAGCAGCAAGGAGAACAUCCUCAGAGCAAGUCACAGUGCUGUUGACAUUACCAAGGUAGCAAGAAGACACCGCAUGUCUCCAUUCCCAUUGACAUCUAUGGACAAGGCCUUCAUCACAGUUCUGGAGAUGACCCCAGUGCUUGGAACAGAAAUCAUCAAUUACAGAGAUGGAAUGGGCCGAGUCCUUGCUCAAGACGUAUAUGCAAAAGAUAAUCUACCACCAUUUCCAGCAUCAGUAAAAGACGGUUACGCUGUCAGAGCUGCUGAUGGCCCAGGAGAUCGAUUCAUCAUAGGGGAAUCCCAGGCUGGUGAGCAGCCAACUCAGACUGUGAUGCCUGGUCAGGUAAUGCGCGUUACAACCGGUGCUCCAAUUCCAUGUGGUGCUGAUGCAGUGGUGCAAGUGGAAGACACAGAGCUCAUCAGGGAAUCAGAUGAUGGCACUGAAGAACUAGAGGUUCGAAUCCUGGUGCAGGCUCGACCAGGCCAAGAUAUCAGACCUAUAGGACAUGACAUUAAAAGAGGUGAAUGUGUGCUGGCUAAAGGAACCCACAUGGGUCCAUCUGAGAUCGGUCUCUUAGCAACUGUUGGAGUAACCGAAGUAGAAGUUAACAAGUUUCCAGUGGUUGCAGUCAUGUCAACAGGGAAUGAGCUACUGAAUCCUGAAGAUGACCUCUUGCCAGGAAAGAUUCGGGACAGUAACCGUUCAACUCUCCUAGCUACAAUCCAAGAACACGGCUAUCCAACAAUCAACUUGGGAAUUGUGGGAGAUAACCCAGAUGAUUUACUGAAUGCACUGAAUGAGGGUAUCAGCCGUGCUGAUGUGAUCAUUACAUCAGGAGGUGUAUCUAUGGGGGAAAAGGACUAUCUUAAACAGGUGCUGGAUAUUGAUCUUCACGCACAGAUUCACUUUGGCAGAGUUUUUAUGAAACCGGGCCUGCCAACAACUUUUGCAACUCUGGAUAUUGAUGGCGUAAGAAAAAUAAUCUUUGCGCUCCCAGGCAACCCUGUGUCAGCUGUUGUCACCUGCAAUCUCUUUGUUGUUCCUGCACUGAGGAAAAUGCAGGGUAUCCUGGAUCCUCGGCCCACCAUCAUCAAAGCCAGGUUAUCAUGUGAUGUAAAAUUGGACCCCCGCCCAGAAUAUCAUCGGUGCAUACUGACUUGGCAUCACCAAGAACCACUACCUUGGGCACAGAGUACAGGGAAUCAGAUGAGCAGUCGUCUGAUGAGUAUGCGCAGUGCCAAUGGACUGUUGAUGCUACCUCCAAAGACAGAGCAGUAUGUGGAGCUUCACAAGGGGGAGGUGGUGGAUGUCAUGGUCAUCGGAAGGCUAUGAUGUCACCAGCAAGAACGAAGCUUUGAUGCAUGUCCACAUAUCAUUGACUGUAUCCUGUAAUAUGCAACGGCACAGCUAGUUUUUCUGAUUUGGAUAAAAGUUCAUCAGUAUAGUCAACAUCUUGAAUUAUAUUUCAAAUGGAAUUUAAAUAAAUACCUUUUAAAAAAAACUUUAAAACAAAUCUUAACAAAGAAAUUUAUUCUGAUUAUAUCAAAGCAACCUUUUCCUUUCCUUGCAAUUGCUUUGUGUGUUCAAUGCUAGUUCUAAUAGCGGUAGCUUUUAGUAGACAGCAGUAGGUGCCUGCAGAACUUGUGUUUUUUCUCAUCUUUAAGAUACAACUACUUAUGCUCUUAAAAUAAGGCUGUCUGCUUAUUUAUACUAGCGUAGACACCACUUGGAUUUCCCUUAUUAGUAUGCUUCAUAACCGCUUCACAGAGAGCUUCUGCUUGUUCUUUAUCUUGUAUCUCGUGUUGAUGUGCACAGUGCCAAAAGCAGAGUGGCUGCACUGGGAACCCAAUGAAGCCCCGAGGUUUUCUCACCUCGCGGCGCAUUCAGGGAUCUCUCUUGUCCCGGCAGCCACCCAGCUCAGUACUCUUGGGCAGUAACUGGAUACCUUUUAUUUCAACAAACAAAAAAAUUGCUUCCUUAAGUGCUGACAGCCUUUUUAACCAAUACAUUUAAAAAUGUACAGAACUAAAAACUAAAAAAAAAAAUCAAAGACUGAUCUUGUACAGAUAUUAGUGUUACCAGCAUUCGUGUGGAAAUUAAACGAGCAAAGAAAUAAAACUAAUGUUAAACAACUCUGUACCAUAACAUUUUCUGUAAUGAUAUUGAAACUUAAAUGAAUAAAAA